AUGGCCCACGAGAUUUGCUUGGACGAGGAGGGCGAUGUCAUCCUCAAAGUCGACCGCAAGGAUCCCUUCCACCUCCGCGUCUCGUCAAAGAAUCUCAUGCGUGCAUCACCCGUAUUUGCAGCACUCUUGGGACCUCAAUUCCGCGAGGGCCAGGCGAAGCGCUCAUCGCAAGACCCACUCGAAGUGGCUUUGCCAGAAGAUGACGGCAAUGCCAUGUCCAUGAUCUGUCAGCAGCUACACCCGGGCCAUAAGCUACCUUCAGGUCCAGCAGCGAAGAUGGAUGUGGCGACUAUCCUGGACUACGCCGUUCUUGUAGAUAAGUACGCACUUGUCUCCUUCUUGCGCCUGCAGGCCGAAGCCAUCCUACUAUCUUGGCUUGUCAACGAAAAUAACGCCAUCAGAGGCUUCGACUGCUUCCUCAAAAUCAUCGCUGCCAGCUAUCUUUUGGAGCAGAAACAAGCAUUCAAGAUGGCCACUAAGCAUGCCAUGAACAUGACGUGUCUGGCGGCUUCACGUCAGCACGCACAUUGCUGGACUCUCCUUCCAAGCAGCGUUGUUGUCGUGAUCGCGCAGCGCAUGGCCCUGAGGUACAUGGGCGCAUCAUUUUUGCCUCCCGGAGGCUUGUGUUUGACCUGCGUUCAAGAGCACGCCGACAUGAGCAUAGCUUGCAAGGGACACAAGGAGAACUGA